CAACUGGCAACUGCCUCCCAGAUGGUGUGUUACUUUACCAACUGGUCCCAGUACAGGCCCGGCGCUGGCAAAUACAUGCCUCAGAACGUCGAUCCAUUUCUGUGCACCCAUCUGAUAUAUGCUUUCUCCAUCAUCAACAACAAAAAUGAGCUGGUCACAUACGAAUGGAAUGAUGAGACCCUUUACAAAACCUUCAAUGGUCUGAAGAGCAAGAACCCGGGUCUGAAGACUUUACUUGCCGUUGGAGGAUGGAACUUUGGCUCAACUCAGUUUUCCAUCAUGGUGUCCACUCCGGCCAACCGCCAGAAAUUCAUUCAAUCUUCAAUCAAGUUUCUGAGGACUCAUGGAUUUGAUGGAUUGGAUUUGGACUGGGAGUACCCGGGAUCUCGUGGAAGCCCCCCAGAGGAUAAGAAGAGGUUUACUUUACUCUGCAAGGAACUUGUUGAAGCCUAUGCAGCUGAAGCGAAAACCACUGGCAAAUCUCAACUGAUGUUGACCGCUGCAGUGUCAGCAGGAAAGGGAACAAUCGACGCAGGUUACGAAAUUGCACAGAUCGCGAAGUAUCUGGACUUCAUCAAUGUGAUGACAUAUGAUUUCCACGGAACUUGGGAGCGAGUUACGGGGCACAACAGCCCCCUGUACCGCGGGUCUCAAGACUUUGGUGACCUCAUCUACUUUAACACCGACUAU